AUGAAAUUGUCAUUUUAUGAUAGGCAAGAAUCACUAGAUACAUAUUAUGUGAAACUUAGAAAUAUAAAUAAAUUAGCACAGCAUAUGACUAUUGCUAGCUUUAAUGCCAUUGCAAAAACCAAUAAUAUGAAGAGUAAAAGAGUUGGAAAAUUAAGGAAUAUAUGGCUAGAAGCUAGAGGACAAGGGAUUAGAAAGAGAUUAAGACAAAUUAAAACCCAUUUAGCCAAACUUACCAGAAAAGAUACUAAAGUCAAACUUACUAAAGAUUUCAAAACAAAGAGUGGUCAAAUUCAUAUAGUCAUAGUAGAUGAAUAUUCCAAUUCUAUUUUUUCUGAUAAUAACGUGUUAAAAUGUUUUAAUUCUGAUGGUUCUUCAGUUAAAUCAAACUCUAAAAAUCAUAAUAUUAAUGUUCUUAUAAGUCAUGGAAAAAAUGUGAAGUGUACUAAGCAGAAUAGGCAGAUUGAUAUUUCCAAUAAACCAUCAAGUACUAAAGACCUUAAUAAAUCCAAGUCUAAUAAGAUAAAGCAGAAUAAUAAUUUGUCUCUUAUUCACAUUAUCUUACCAGAUCAGAAAAAAGAUAGCCAAAGUACUAAACAGCAAGCUAAAAAAUGUAAGCCCAUCUUAGCUCAAGAUUCAGAUGAAGAGAAUAUGAUUUUGGAUGGUCCUAUGAAAAUAGAUUUCAUCUAG